AUGAAAAGGCGGAAGGGAUCGAGCUUGGGAAGUAUGCACACUGUGUCUGAGAUAAGAAAACAUAAGAGAGAAAGAAACAGAAAGCUUCUUCUGGAGAUAUAUGGACUGGAGAAAGAUCCAAAUUUAACCAAGGAUGCAAGGGGAAGGUAUGUCUGUGCACUUUGUAAGACUAAGCAUCUGACAGAGAUGAGUUAUGUAAAGCAUAGAGAAGGAAAGAAGCACAGAGAAGUACUUUCGAGAAAAGAAGAGACCACUCGCAUUAUUCCUUCUUUUAGUAUACGGAAUCUAGUGAGGGAAGGGAAAAAAGGAUACGGCAUUGCUGUUGACUACAAGCUUGCUGAGGAAAUGCCACAGCAUCGCUUUGUAAGCAGUCUAGAACAAGGUGUGGAGGAGUAUGACGAGUGUUUUGGAUACCUCGUAUUUGUGUGCCAGCCUUACGAGAACAUCGGAUUCAAAUUCGAAAACAGGGAGAUUGACAGAACCUCCAUCUAUGAAGACAUUGAUGAGGAGACGGGAGCAUACAUGUUUCACUUCUUCUUUCAAAAGACUCAUGAUUGA